AUGUCAAUUUCUUCGUGCGUAAGUAUCUCCAACGCAGGUUGCUAUCGAGAGAAGCCACGAAUAAGGUAUUAACAGUCGCUAGUGUACGCAACUUGCAAGCCUCCCGGGGCUCCACGUGGCCUUUCCGAAUUCUACAGCGUAUAUCGCGACGGAAAAGUCAUACUGGUCAUUGCAAGAGGGAAGUCUAGCGCCCUCAUGCAUCGUCUCGCCAGCCACCGCAGAAGACGUGGUGGAAAUUGUCUCUACGAUUGUUCGCCAAGGGCAGUGCGAAUUCGCGAUCAAGGGCCAAGGCCAUGCUCCUGCUGCUGGGUUUGCGAACGCUGAUCACGGAGUGACCAUCGAUCUGGCCAGCCUGGACUCUAUCUCUUUGAAUGAAGAUCACUCUCUUGCGAGCGUCGGCGCUGGCGCGAGAUGGGUCGACGCGUACGCGUAUCUUGAAAGAUUCGGCAAGACUGUCGCAGGAGGGCGCAAUGGACAGGUCGGUGUUGGCGGGUUGACGCUCGGAGGAGGCAUCAGUUACUUCUCGCCUCAAGUGGGGUUCACGUGCGACAGCGUGUUUAACUUUGAGAUCGUACUGGCUUCAGGACGGCUCGUCAAUACGAAUGCGACUUCGCAUGCCGACCUCUUCCGUGCGCUGAAAGGUGGCCUGAACAACUUUGGGGUCGUGACGAGAAUAGACCUUGAGACGCUACCGAUUGGAGAGAUAUUGGGAGGGUCGGCGACGUAUGACAUCUCGCAGAAGCAUUCGCUUUUCGAAGCCUUCGCCAACAUUGCCAACGCGCCACAAUACGAUAGCCAUGCCUCCCUUGUGGCUGCUGCGGCCUUCAACUCGACCACAAAGACAUGGACGCUCUCAUCCACACCGAUCUACACCAAACCCGACCUCAACCCUCCAUUUUACCAGGAGCUCUUCGCCAUAUCCAACGUAUCCAGCACGGUCCAGUUGCGAAACCUGAGCACCUUUUCAAACGAGUCCGCAAUUCCUCAACUAAAUUUCGCGUUCUUCACGGGAACAUAUGGCGUCUCUGUGGACUUUCUCGAACGCAUGUUUGAUAUCGUAGACGAAAAUGUGCGCAGCUCGAGUGAGGUCAGCUGGUCGUAUGCAAUCGAGCCUCUUCCGACCAUUUUCACCGCACGCGGUGCCGGUGAGAAUGUCUUGGGCACAAGCGCCCACGAUGGCAAUGGCAUGAUUGUGUUGAUCUCGCCUGCAUGGAUGGAUCCGGCUCUAGACGCAGAGGUGCGCUGCACGGGAAACCGCAUUCUGUCGGGUGUUGAGACAGCGGCGAAGGACAUGGGAACGCUGCGACAAUUCGUCUAUGCGAAUUACGCAGAUCGAAGCCAGAGGCCCGUCAUCAGCUAUGGCAAGGACAAUCAAUUUUUCCUCAAGGCAGUGGCGAGGAAGUAUGACCCAUCCGGUGUUUUUCAGAAGCUUGUUCCGGGCGGGUUCAAAUUGGACGACUAG